UUAGCACAAUGACAAUUUUCACUGUCACACUUGUUAUCGCCAAGCUAUUCUUCUUCUUCUUCUUCUCUUCAAAAGCUUCCUCAACAACCGAUACCAUUACCCUCUUACAACCACUUCCCGAUGGAAGCACCUUGGUGUCCCAAAAUGGAACCUUUGAGUUGGGUUUCUUUUCUCUAAGAAAUUCCACAAAUCGGUAUGUGGGAAUUUGGUUCAAAAAUAUACCAAUAAGAACCAUUGUUUGGGUUGCCAACCGUGACAAUCCUCUCAAAGACAACUCCAACAUGUUGAGUAUAAGCAAGGGAAAUCUUGUCCUUCUCAACAAAAAUGGCACGGUUCAUUGGUCAACAAAUGCAACAAGAAGGAUCUUGAGUCCCAUUGUGCAACUCUUAGACACGGGAAAUUUAGUACUUCGAGACAAGCACGGCAAUAACGACCUUGAAAAUUUCUUGUGGCAAAGCUUUGAUUAUCCUUCUAAUACAUUAUUACCAGGAAUGAAGCUAGGAUAUGAUAAAAAAACCGGUUUCAAUCGACAUAUAACUUCUUGGAAGAAUUGGGAUGACCCUUCUCCUGGGAACUUUACUUGGGGUAUCACACUUGAUAUCAAUCCUGAAAUGGAACUAUGGAAUGGUUCAGUUAAGGUCCAUAGGAGUGGCCCUUGGAACGGUGUUAGAUUCAGUGGUGCAUUUAGUGGUUCAAAUGUGUUAAGCACUCACCCACUUUAUGUUUAUAAACUGGUCAAUAAUGACGAUGAGGUGUAUUACACAUAUAACCCAACAAACAAGUCUGUGAUUUCAAUUGUUGUUAUGAACCAAACCAUUUAUAGUCGCCAGCGCAUCAUUUGGAUUCCGGAAAAUGGAACAUGGAGGCUUUUCCAAACAACACCAAGAGAUAUAUGUGACACUUAUAAUCCUUGCGGCCCAUAUGCAAAUUGCAUGGUUAAUGGAUCACUAGUUUGUCAAUGUUUAGAAGGAUUUGCUCCAAAUUCGUUCCAAAAUUCAGAGACAAAUGAUUUGGUAGUGCAAGGAUGCGGGAGAAGUGAACCUUGGGCUUGUAAGGUCCAAGGCAAAGAUGGUUUUCGAAGAUUUGUUGGGUUGAAAUUUCCAGAUACUACGCAUUCUUGGAUUAAUAGAAGUAUGACACUCGAGGAUUGCAAGGCCAAAUGCUAUGAAAAUUGUUCUUGCACUGCUUAUGCAAACUUAGAUGUAAGAGGAGGAGGUAGUGGUUGUUCCAUUUGGUUUGGUGAUCUUAUUGAUUUGAAAGAGGUUUCACAAAGUGGGCAAUUUCUAUAUGUUCGAAUGGCUAAUUCACAAAAAGAUGGUAUUGAUGACCAUAAGAAAAUGGCAGUUCUGAUAAGUGCAACCAUACUUCCUACUGUUCUCGUGAUACUAUUAUUGGCGAUCUCCUUCAACUACUGGAGAAAACGAAAGAAUAAAGGAAAAAAGACGUUUAUAACGGAGAAAGAUGAAGCUGGUGGACAAGAAGACAUGGAACUACCAAUGUUUGAUCUUGCUACAUUGGUUAACGCCACCAACAAUUUCUCAAUUGAUAACAAACUCGGGCAAGGUGGUUUUGGGCCAGUAUACAAGGGUGUACUAUCAAAUGGACAAGAGAUUGCUGUCAAAAGACUAUCAAGGAGUUCUGUACAAGGAUUAAAAGAAUUUAAGAAUGAAGUUAUGUUGUGUGCCAAACUUCAACAUCGAAAUCUUGUCAAAGUUCUUGGUUGUUGCAUUGAAGAAGAGGAGAAGAUGCUUCUCUAUGAAUACAUGCCCAACAAGAGCCUCGACUUGUUUCUUUUCGAUUCAACACAAAGCAAGAUUUUGGAUUGGCCUAAGCGCUUUCAAAUUUUAUGUGCAAUUUCUCGUGGACUUCUUUAUCUUCAUCAAGAUUCUAGAUUAAGGAUAAUACACCGAGAUUUAAAAGCGAGCAACAUUUUACUAGACAACAACAUGAACCCAAAAAUUUCAGAUUUUGGCUUGGCCAGAAUGUGUGGAGGUGAUCAAAUUGAAGGAAAUACAAAUAGAGUAGUAGGAACAUAUGGUUAUAUGGCACCCGAAUAUGUUAUCCAUGGAUUAUUCUCUACAAAAUCAGAUGUAUUUAGCUUUGGCAUAUUACUACUGGAAAUUAUUAGUGGAAAGAAAAACAGAGAACUUACCUAUCCAUACCAUAGUCAUAAUCUCAUUGGGCAUACUUGGAAGUUAUGGAAAGAAGGCAUUCCAAAGGAAUUGAUAGAUACUUGUUUGGCCGACUCUUGUAAUCUAUCAGAAGCCUUACGAUGCAUUCAUAUUGGUCUUUUAUGUCUACAACAUCAACCAGCUGAUCGACCAAACAUGGCAUCUGUAGUUGUUAUGUUAAAUACUGAGAGUGAAUUGCUCCAACCAAAGGAACCUGGUUUCUUAAUAGAUAGAGUCUUAAAUGAAGAUUCUCAAUAUAGAAACCAAACAUCUUCAACAAAUGAAAUAACUAUUUCACUCAUGGAUGCUAGAUAA